UUUCUUGUCCCAGUGCCAACUCUUCCCUCUCACUUGUGCCUCGUCAACCCCAUUAAUAAUAUGAUCUCCCUCUCUUUUUAAAUCCUCAUCUUCAUUUAUUUCCUGCAACCGUAAUUCACCGUCGUUCCCCUAUAUAAUUCAUAGGUUGGAGAGAGAGAGAGAGAGAGUGAGAGAGAUGGGGAGGUCUCAGUGCAUGGCAAUAGCAGCAUUAUUGAUGGUUGUGUGGGUUGGGGUGAGCGAUGGUCAACUGGCUUAUGAUUACUACAGAACGACCUGUCCUAAUGCUGAAGACAUUGUCAGGAGGGAGAUGCUGAGCUUUGCUUUCUUGGAUGCAACUGCACCCGCUGCCUGUCUCAGGCUCAUGUUCCAUGACUGCCAAGUUCAGGGAUGCGACGCUUCGAUACUUCUCGACCCGAUCGGCUUGAAGUCGGAGAUGAAAUCGUCGAGGAACUUCGGCAUCAGGAAACUCGAAGCGAUCGAGCACGUCAAGGCGGCGUUGGAAGCUGAAUGCCCGGGCCAGGUCUCUUGUGCAGACAUAAUCGCAUUAGCUGCAAGGGAAUCGGUGGCUCUGAGUGGAGGACCACACAUUGCCAUUCCUCUUGGAAGGAAAGACUCGAGAGCUAGCAAUCACCAGCAAGCCGAUGCCCAUCUCCCUUCUCCAAGUAUUUCUGUCGAUGCAUUCCUUCAGACCUUCAUGGCCAAAGGGUUGAAUCUCGAGGAAUCGGUCGCGAUCGUGGGUGCUCAUACGCUAGGCACCGGACACUGCCUGAACAUCGUCGACAGAUUGCACAACCUGAAACCCGACGAUCAAAUGAACCCGGUGUUCGAAGCUCAGCUCAGACUACAAUGCCCGACCUCAGUUCCCCUGACAAAUCUCACGACCGUAUCCAACGACAUAACCCCGACAAUAUUCGAUAACCAGUACUACAGGGACCUACUGUUGGGCAAGGGCUUGUUUCUCAUUGACUCAAGCAUCUCGACAGAUCCCCGCACUUCUGAUAUGGUCAGGCAAUUCGCCAUCGAUCUAGACUACUUCUUUCGCGCAUUUUCCUCGGCGUUCGUCAAGCUCUCUUCGACCAACGUUCUUGGCAAGAUGAAGGGCGAAGUGCGGAAACAUUGCAGUCGGGCGAACUAAGCGUGCACACAGAACCGAAGCAUUUCCAUUUCUUACCACAGUUAACGACUUAUAUUUAUCACAAAAUUAUUGUAUGUGUGAAUACCGGAGGGUGAUUCUUAGCAUUACUGCUGGUCGCGUGUGAUGUAAUAAAGUCAAGAGGCUAUAAAUGAAGUCACAUGCGAUUGCUUCUUCACAA